AUGAGGUGGUUGGUGCUGGUCCUGCUCUGCCUCCCAUUGAGGGAAGGGAUGGUGAGGAUCCCCCUGAGGAAAGGCAGAUCCGUGCAGGAGGUGAGGAGAGAGCAGGGGGGGCUGGAGGACCUCGGAGGGGAUCCUGGAAGGAAAGCUCAGCUCAUUCAUGCUCUGGCUUAUGAACCACUAAGGAACUACCUGGAUUCCUUCUACUUCGGGGAGAUCAGCAUUGGGACCCCCCCCCAGAAUUUCCUGGUGCUGUUUGACACUGGUUCUGCCAACCUGUGGGUGCCCUCCACCUACUGCCAGACCCCAGCUUGUGAAGAUCAUGCCAGGUUCAACUCCAGCUUAUCAUCCACCUUCUUGGGCACUGAUGUGACCUACACCCUCAGCUAUGGGUUUGGUGACCUGUGGGUGGCUUUAGGGUAUGACACAGUGACAAUCCAGAACAUCAGCCUCAGGAACCAGGAGUUUGGCCUGAGCCUGGAUGAGCCCAGCAGACCCUUUUACUCCCUGGACUUCGAUGGGAUUUUGGGAAUGUCUUAUCCAGGUGUUGGCAUUGAAGGAUACAACACAGUGCUGCAGAACAUGCUGCAGCAGAACCAGCUCAGUGAACCCAUCUUCAGCUUCUACUACUCACGCCACCCAACCUUUAGUUAUGGUGGAGAAGUCAUCCUUGGAGGAGUUGAUCCCCAGCUCUACUCCGGGGAGGUUUUCUGGGCUCCUGUGAUCCAGGAAUUCUACUGGAAGAUUGGGAUUGAGGAGUUCUCCAUCGGGCUGGCAGCCACGGGUUGGUGUAGCCAAGGUUGUCAGGGAAUUGUGGACACCGGGACAUUCCUGCUGACCAUCCCAGGAAAAUUCAUGUCAGCUUUCCUGCAGGAGCUGGGUGUGGAGGAGAGUGACCAAGGGCUGCUUGUUGAUUGUGGCAGUGUCCCCACCAUGCCCACCCUCUACUUUGCCAUCAGUGGGGCCCAGCUACCACUGCCUCCUUCUGUCUAUGUCCUAAAUAACAACGGGGUCUGCACCCUUGGGGUGGAGAGCACAUACGUCCCCUCUACCAGUUCCCAACCCCUCUGGAUCCUUGGCAACAUCUUCCUCUGGCACUAUUAUUCCAUUUUUGACCUGGGCAACAACAGGGUGGGCUUUGCCCUCUCAGUUUAG